AGCCGCUCUACCAGCACAUCUAAUGAGCAGCUUCCUCCAGUGGGCGGAGUAGCAGGGCUGAGCCUGGCCGCGCAGCGCUGCUCUCAGCUCCGCUCCGUGUUGUUGCUCUUACCUCUCCACUCAUGCGGACUCAGCUCAAGCUCAUGGACUAGCCGGAGAACUGCUGGUGGACUGUAUCGGGUUUGUAGCGGACCAUGGCUGCCAAAGAGGACCUGUACAGUAAAAUCCUCCCGCGGAGGCUCCGGCAGAACCGGUCGGGCUCUGUGAAAUGUGGCUCCAACCUGGACGUGCUGUUAUCCAUGGGCUUCCCAAGACCAAGGGCAUUGAAAGCCCUGGUAUCAACAGGAGGUCGGAGUGUACAAGCAGCAUGUGACUGGCUGUUCUCCCACGUGGACGACCCGUUCCUGGAUGACCCUCUGCCCAGGGAGUUUGUCCUCUACCUGCGACCCAGUGGGCCACUACAGAACCAGCUCUCCCACUUCUGGCAACAGAGUCGGGUCACAUGUGGCAAAAACAAAGCCCAUAACAUUUUUCCCCACAUUACCCUCUGCCAGUUCUUUAUGUGUGCAGACCACAAAGUGGAAGCUCUAUGCGAGGCCCUCCAGGCCACCGUGCAGCAGUGGCGGGGUCGAUUUCCCAGCCCACUGCCCCUUGAGCUCUACACAUCCUCCAACUUCAUUGGUCUUUUCGUGGAGGAGCAGGUGGCCGACGUCCUCAAGCAGUUUGCAGCCGACUUCUCCACAGAGGCUGCCAGGAAGGCAGAGGUCCACGUGGAGCCUCAUAAGAAGCAGCUCCAUGUAACUCUGGCCUACAACUUCCCCACUGAUCACCUCCCCUCGCUGGAGAAACUGGCCAAGGGCAUCGAAGUCAAGCUUGGCUGUGAUUGGCUGGCUGUCCUCUUCUCCAGGGACAUUCGUUUUGCAAACCAUGAGACCCUGCGGGUGAUGUACCCCUACAUGCCGCAGAAUGACGAUGAGCUGGAGCUGGUUCCUGGGGAUUUUGUCUUCAUGUCUCCAGUGGACCAGGGUAGUACCAGUGAAGGCUGGGUGAACGGGACCUCGCUGGCCACCGGGCUGUCUGGCCUGCUGCCUGAGAACUACGUCAGCCUGGCCGACGAGUCCGACACCUGGGUCUUCCAUGGCUCCCAUUCAUUCUUCAGCUGCGGGCCCUCUGACAAGACCGGCAAGGAGAGAGGAUUGUUUGACGGCCUGCUGGACAGCCGACGCCCUGAUAACCCCAGUCCUGGAGACACACCCACUCUCAGUCUCAUCUGUCAUCCAAUGCAGCAGGUCCUGCGGAUGAGUGGUAGUCACUCUCGGCAGCCCAAGCGGACACUUUUUGUGUGUCGGCACGGUGAGAGGAUGGAUGUGGUCUUUGGCAAACACUGGCUCUCCCUCUGCUCAGACAGUAAAGGUAGAUAUGUCCGCUCCAAUCUGAACAUGCCUCCCAGUUUGCCGCUGUGGGGAGGACAGAGAGAUUACGACAUGGACGCUCCCAUCACUGUGACUGGAUGCACACAGGCACGACUAGUGGGUGAGGCCCUGUCAGAGAGCAACACAGUGUUAGACUUUGUGUACUGCUCUCCCUCCCUGAGAUGUGUUCAGACUGCACAGAACAUCCUUAGAGGUAUGCAGCAGGAAGGCAAGCUGAAGGUGCGAGUGGAACCAGGGCUUUUUGAAUGGACCAAGUGGGUUUCUGGGAGCUCCUUGCCUGCAUGGAUACCUCCCACUGACCUGGCUGCAGCCCACUUCAGUGUGGACACAACGUACAGACCUCUGAUCCCAGUCAGCAAGCUCACUGUGUCUGAAUCCUAUGAGAACUACAUGAGUCGGAGCUACCAGGUGACCAAAGAUAUCCUGUCAGACUGCAAAAACACUGGAAACAACGUGCUGAUUGUAGCCCACGCUUCUUCCUUAGAGGCCUGCACACGCCAGCUGCAGGGCCGCAGCCCACAGAGCGCCAAGGACUUCAUCCAAGUGGUCCGAAAGAUCCCGUACCUGGGCUUCUGCUCCUGUGAGGAGCAGGGAGACACGGGGGUGUGGCAGUUAGUGGACCCUCCUAUCCUUCCCCUCACACAUGGACCAAACCACACCUUUGACUGGAGGGAGACACUUCUGCAAGAAUGACAUCUGCCGGAUACCAACCCCCAACCUGAUCAUACCGUACUCCCCACAGACUGCAGUAACAAGUUUCAGACCAGUGGCCCCAAAUACUGUAAUUUUUCUUUUUUCACCCUCUUAACAAAGCCGGUGGCUUUACAGUGACAGUCUCAGAAGCUCUCUGCCUGAAUUGAAGGAGCCAGUUAAUGGUUGGUGAACUGACUCCAUCCCUCUGAUGCUGCUUUCAUCAAUAAUUUAGCAAAUGUCCACACUCAAAUUUCAUUGUAUUUUUUUUUUUUUUUUUUUUUUUUUGCAAGAGCGAGGGAAAUGUUCGCUCGGGCAGAAUGGGUGUUAGCUACACUGUGUAAGGAGAGCUUUCACUGGAAUCCAGUAGCUUGAUCAUGUGUAUUUAUUGUCACCCCAGUCUCAGGAAGUUUUGUGGAAUUAGCAUGGUAUGCUGCUGUGCAUGAUUAGUAAGAAACAAGCUUUUUUUCCAACAAAAGUAUUUCAUGGAGUAAGCAGGUCUACAGUAGUAGAGUGACACUGGUGUAAUGCCAUAGAAAGCAAAGGUGUGGAAGUUGUAGAGUUGAGAUACCUUUACUCUCAGCUCGGAUGACUCAGGUUCUGUUUUUAACUUGUCAGUGAAAGUCUGAGUUCCCUGAAUACACAGAAAGUUCAUAUUUGUUCUGCAUAUAUUUUAAUACUAAACAGAAGUUGGUUUCCUCACCUAAAUUUAACCAUUAUCUAACAUUUAAUAUUAGCUGUGUGUCCAAAAUCACGCCCUCAUUAACUGUGAUCAGCAGUAAAGUAAGUUGAGAUUUCUUAUGAAUCAUCAUCAAUUGCAUUAUCACUGACAAGUGUUGUGUCGCACAACUUCAAUUUUGGCAUGUAUCAAAUAAUGGCACUAUUAGCAGCAGGUUGUGUACAGUACAGGCCAUGGACUGGGAAUUUGAAACACUCAAAUAAAAAUGCAGAAAGUACUUAAA